CAGACGAGCAAGGAACAUCUCUGCACCCCGCGGGAGCAACGCGAGAAGGAAACACGGACAGGAGCGAACGGACCGCUGGAACCGGAGACUAAGAACAAAGUCGAGACACCGCACGCAAUCGAGAAAGAUGACGCGCGACUGGGUGUGGUUACUAACUCUAAGCUCGUUCGUCAUCAUAGGCGAAUCGUUGCCAACGAACUUGGCGGAAGAUGGAAAAAAGACUGACCAAACCAUGAGAUCGAAACCUAAACGGGCACAGGAAAUGUUGAUGUUCGGCAAUCAACAGAAUCGACAAGCGGACAGCAACGCGGGUCCAUCGUACACGUCCACCACGGAGAAGAGGACCGCUUCCUCGUCGGGAUUGGGUGGACUGAAGGUAGCCCUGGCCGAAGAGGAGAAGUCCUCUCGCUCGAAGUCGCUGGACAACGGUCUCUACGAUCGCGAUUCUUUCUCCCCUUACGACAAGAAUUACGACUACGGCAAGGUUCUGGUGAACGAGCUGGGCGACGAAAUGCCUCAGGUCUGGGACGUUCCUCCGUACUCGCGCUAUUACUUGCACGUGGAACGUCGGAAAAGGUCCGAUAAGCCAGCAACCGCUGGAUCCACGACCGCCAAACCGUCGACCACUUCGUUCCAGUCGCCAACGACCACGCAGCAGUCCGUACAGGCGCAGGUCAAGAGAAGCGUUCCGAUUUACCAAGAACCGCGAUUCAAGAGGGAAUUGGACAUCGAUCCGGAGGACGUGUUGACCCUCCUCUCCCUCUGGGAAAACGAACGUCGUAACCGAAACUGGCACAAGUACAUGAACGAAGAAUACGAGAACAUGGAUGACGAUGGCAACAUCCUCGAAGAAGAUGAUUCUCGAAAUAUCAUUCCAUGGGUGGACUCCCCGGUGUACCCUCCCCGCCACUACAGCGUCGAUUCUCUGUCGUCGCCUGACAUUGGAAUCGUGCGUACCCAUCCUCCGAACUACUACGAGCAAUAUGGCAACCAGUACGGUCAACAAUACGAAGGCGCUUCUCAGUACAGCAACCCUCAAUACGGUCUUGUUUAUCCCAAGCAAACUUAUUACAACGCGCCAGAGAAGAGGUUUAUGGUCGCCAGGAAACGCUCACAGGCAUACGAUCCUUACUCCGGCUCUGCUCAAUUCCAAAUCGGUUCGCAAUCGCGAGGGUAUCCCUACCAACACCGUCUAGUCUAUUAAACGAUUCGCCUCUGCUCGACAAACCAAAAAAAAAAACCAAACAAAAGAAAGAAAAAAAGAAACUAACCAAAACUAUCGAGGACUUGUUCGGGGAAACAGCGAAAGGUAACCUAACCUAAACAGUCUAGCACGAGAAAGAAGGUAAACGGAACUGAACGUUUUCGGAUUCACGUAUACGCAACAAAAAAAAAAAAAAAGAAUACACGGUUUCGCAGUCUUUUCGGCGAGCGUCCCUCUCUGACGUCCCCCUUCUUUUUAGCCAUUCUGUCUUUGUUGUGAACAACAGCAAUACGUGCUCGAGAAGCGAAACAAGAAAAGACUACUUCUUACUUUAAGAAACACGGUGCUCAGAAAGACUAUUCACGGUCUACAAGAGCCCGCUGAAGAGACAAUUGUUGCACUAAUUUUCUUCCAACAAGAACUCCCUAAAUAAUUUCUAUUUUUUUUUUUGUUUUUUCGUUAAAUAGAAAUUUCAUUCAGAAAUAUUAACCACAAAAAUCUUCAGACUGUUUUCUAUGAAAGAUCUACCAACGUUGAUCGAGAUUAAGGAGUCACGUGCGAAAUAAAUCGCAGCUUCAGCGCGCUCUUGUACCUUUUUCGCUUUAAACGGUGAAAUUACAGUUUUUAAGCUCCUCGCGCGUGCAACGCCGGGGGCGGUUGAGAACCCCUGGCGAUCACGCCACGACUGAAAUCGUUAAACAAUCGUAGUAUUCGAAUCAAACUACCCUCAAGGCUUGAUUUACGAUUUUUCUGACUGAUAUAAAUGACGAAGAUUAGCUAUUUUCCAUGGGUUAGCUCGUACGGCGUAGACGUAGCAUUCCAUCCGAUAGAUAACAGUAGAAUUUGAAAACGAGACGAGAAAAGAGGGGAGACAGAUUAUUGGCUUUGUUGACCGUAUCAAAAUAUUUAAUAAAUAUUUCUGAAGUUCAUGUUUAAACGCGACUCGCUUCGACCGUUUCGUUCGAUCGCUUCAGCACGCGUAAUUCGUAUUUUAAUCAAACUUUCGUUAACGACACGACUGUACUUCAAUUCUGAUCGCAAUGAGAACUAGGGCAAAGGACCUAAUUACUGUCAUUUGAACGACCAAUUCCAACACAUUGCAUUUUCUUUUCUUAUGAUAUACGUACGAAAAGUUAGGUUAAGUAACACAGACCAUAACGUGUGCAACAGUAAUUCCAAACUCGCGAGACGCUUGAACCAGUCACUGUCAUCCAAACAUUAAACAGAACUACGAUAAUAACCUUUUCUGUAUAACUUUAUAAGGUUUAUUCGGUUUUUAAGUGAAACAGUUUAGAGUGAUAGAUCCGUCGCGAUCACAUGACUUUAUUUACCUGCACUUUGUCUUAACCCUACCAUAUCCACCGACGAUAUACAGAGGACUCAAAUAUUUAUUUACAAUAUAAACUAUGCACUUUUCUUUGAUGCAUUAUUUUUAAAAAUUAGUGAACUAUUUAUGAUUAUAUUCAGUGCUAUUUUUUAAUGCAAUGAUAAAACAGUCUGCAUUCACGAGUUUACCAAUCGAUGGUAAAACAGUGACUUUUUUCUGCAAUCCCAUAUUUAUAACAAAAUAGACUGAUGUGUAUUAAAAAAUAUAUUCGUUGCAUCUAAAUGCGGGCACAAAGUGGUUAAACGGACAAUAGAAUCUUUGUUAGUUUGGAUCAGAUUCGAAGUGAUUUAAAACGUAACAAAUCUCAUCAUUGUAUAUGAUAAAUUAUUGAACAAAGCCUUCUUCCAGUGUUCACGUUGUGAUCAAGACUGAAAUACAACCGAAACGUAAACAAAAUGGAAGUUUUGUCACGAACGAUCGAUCGUACGGAACGAUCCAAUCGAGUCGCGUGUAAUUUUCGAAAUAUUUAAAGAAAGAAAGAUCGAAUGAGAAGAUCGAGGACGAGACUUUUAAUCCGUGGAAGUAAAGAGUGACGAGUGAUUUUAUGGCCCUCGAAUUCAGAACGACAGACGAUGCUCGGAGGGACGUAAUUUCCUAACCUAUCAUUUGUAUUUAGUGUCUGUUAUCAAGAAGCAAGCAGAAACGAUUCAAGUUCGAUCGAAGCUUGUUCAUGAGAUUCGUGUUUGUAUUUCAUCUGUUUGGUUUACUUUGCAAAGACAAAGAGAGAGAGAGAAAGAGAGAAAGUGAGAGAUAGCAGAACAGUGUAUAUCGAGUACCGAAAAUAUCAGUUUGAAUCCAAAGAUACCUUCGAUGUCAAACGCUACGACAUAUCUUUUAUUGGAUUCACACUUUAUAUUCGACGUCCAAUAACAUUCCUCCAUGCUCCUACCAUCAUACUUUAAAUAUAAUCGUCAAUUAAUUUUCUAGCCGUGUACGAUACUAUACGUAUAUGUAUAUUUACGCUAAAUAACUGGCAAAAAUUAAUACGUAACUGUUUGACGAGCAUUUAAUACAUAUCUCGACGAUGUUCACUUUUUCAAGCUGAAUUCUAACCUGGAGGUUCAAGUUUUGUAACUCGAUCUGAAAUCGAGAUCGUGGUUAGGAGUGCUGCUAUUGAUCAUCGAUGUUUUUACACCGAAAAAACAACCUCUCGUCGUCAGCAACAGAUAAAUAAAGAAACUGGAAGAAAUGUUUCACGAAAAGCAGGAAAUUUUCCAACGUCAACAAAAUGUUGCUCGUCUUUAAAAAAAUAUUUAAAUUAAAUUUGUCUUAUCGUUGAUACACUGAAUUUUCUGUAACUUUAUCGAUAGCAGGACCACUAACCUCAGCGAACAUUACCUAUACCACUUCGUGCUAGAUGUAAUAUUUAUCGAACUGCAUCUUAAAUGAUAGCAAAAAUGCCUAUAAAUAUUACUGACCCUAGUUUAUCGAACGAUCAGUAAUGUAUUAUUGUUACUGGACAGUAAUGUACAUUGUGAAUUGGACGGAACUAACCCUAUUAAAUUCAAGCCUGGGAUCGCGCGUUGUUUUGCGUGCGUCGGGUACAUAACCUAUAAAUUGUUAAACACGAUUGUCAUACACAGCAAUCCCUUACCGAAUGAAUUUCUUUUUAAACGCGAAAGACAUUUAUUGGCCAAAAAAUUACGGAAAAAUGAUUCGUGAACUAAGUAAGGGGUUAAAUUCGAAUAUUAAUUUAAAUACAACUGUGUAACUGUACGAUCAGUGUUAAAAGUCGAUAUGCUUUAUUUCCAUUUUAUGAAGAUGUGUUAAUUGUCAAAUUGACGCCCCCAGAGAUGGAUAAUAUUCUUAUCUGGAUCAACGUUUCGAGUGGCAAAUGAAACGUGAACCGUUUGAACGAGAAUUUGUCUCGUCUCGGGUGUUCGUCAGAUUUUCGAAGACACGUACCACAAUGGCUUGAGGGUAAAAGGGUCGAAUGACAUAAAAGUGACUAAAACUAAUUUUGAGCCUCGAUUUUCGCCUCAACUUGCGAGUGUAAAGUGUGAAACACCUUUUACCGAUAAUCCAUCGUCUUACCAUUGUCACUGAAAUGUAACGAAACGAGAAACCGAGGGAAGUACGACCGACGAUUAUUUUCAAUUGAAAACCGAACACGGCCUUCCAUUGCAACAAAAGUUUCCGAGGAGACUGACUUAGCUUUCUUCGUUUCUUCUGUCGUUUCUUUUUCUCUUGUUUCUCGUCGUCCGAUCGGUGCGCUUGAAACGUCGCGUAUGAUUUUGCAACGACGAUAGACAAUUAUAGACGAAAAAAAAAGAAGAAAACAGAGAAACAAAAAAAAAAAAAUAACAAUAUGAUCUCGUGCUUGUUUUGAUUUGAAAAAAAAAAAAAUUAACGCGUUCAUUGGCCUUAACGAACAGAUUUGAAGGGAAGCCGGAGACGUUUUAUUGUUUGCUUGUUAAGACUAAUGAAUAUAGAAAAAGAUUAAAAAAAAAAAAGUAACGAGCGAACGACUGACCCGAUCGACUCGGAAUGAUCGGCGCGGAAAGAAAACCUUUUGUGACUUAAUGCUAUAUAUUUUUGACGAUCGUUUAGCGUGUAAUUAGAUUUACUUCUAGACUAAGUAUUAUCGAGACGAUGAGAAUAAAUUCAGUAUUUAUUAUAUAUGUAAUUAAUGUUACUAUAGAUGACGAGAAGUAUUGAUUACGUAUUGUAUAAUUAAAGGGAAUAUCGAUCAAUCGGGGAUUUGCGUUUCAUUGAUAUCGAUGACGAGGUUUUCAGGAAGUUCGUGUCUUUUAACGAAAGAGCGCGCUAACAUCGAAUCGUAAGAUUAUCGUACAAACGAUAGUCUUCGAACGUCGCUGUUACGGCUUUUAUCGUUAAUACGAUCGAACGAUGCUCCGUUAAACUGUAUAAAACGUUUCGAUCGUAAAAUCUUUCACAAAAAAAAAAAUGCUACUCGAACGUGUCAGUUUGUGACGCGACUGCAAAAUUGUCGAACGGAGCGGAACAAGAUCAUGCUUCGUCUUGUUUUUCGUAAAUACACGCUGUAUUCUUAUUGUAAACUAAAUCUUGGGCAUAUUUUUCCAGUAAAAGAAUUAACGAUCGUUGCUUCUAGACGAUUAAAAGCGCGUCCUUGGAAUGAACGUUAUCGCUGACAUUUGUAACGCUGGGCCACGGAACCAUUUCGAGCAUGGUAAAGCUUAUGAAUCAACGUUUCCCAAACUUUGCACGCGGUAAUGGUUCUCACUCAGCGUGAGGAACUCUACUGUGGUCCGCUGACUCGAAGUCUCGCGUGACUGCGCAGAAGCAAAGGGAGUCGGACCGCCCACUUAUCUAUCUCGCUCUCUUGCUCUCAGGCAGUCCACGCGUGCGCGUAACUGCCGCGACGAAUAGCGAGCUAGAGUACCCCUUCUACUACUUCUCCCGCAUUCCUUCCGCGAGACUUCAAGUCAGCGGAGAACUCUACUUGUUGACGUGUCGACAGCCUUACAGUUUAGUGAGUGAGAACCAUUGGGACUGGCCAGCCUCAACCUAUCGCGCGCACGAUUGCCGUUCUACAGGCGUAACUUUAAACGUUAAUAACUCUUUAACGAAGCCUCAAUCAACAAAUUGGUAUUCUUGAUUUUCGUCUUAUUUUGAUCCCUAGAAUCUCUCAUUGAAAUUUUUUCCCGAGAUGGCCGAACACUUUGCAUACACAUCUUCGGAAACGUCUAUAAAUCUUUAUGUACAUUAAUGGAGUUUUCUUAUGUAUGAAAAUAAAUUUGUUUUUGAUUAUUAAGUGGAUAAAAAAAAUGUGAUAAAAUUAAUAUGAAAAGUUACAAAAUUUAUUUAUUUUGUUCGUUCGACUUGUAAUUGGUAAUUUUUGUUCGUAAACCACAGUUUGGGAAACGCUGCUGUAAAUUUCGAUGAAAAAUCCUAGCAAGCUAUGCAUUAUCGUGGUGAUAAACGUUUCUAAAGUUCUUCUCGUACGAUUAAGAAUCUUUCGUCUCGACGUGCAUUCUUAUUCGAGAUAUGUACCUUUUCUAAACUAUUAUUAAUGCAUAUUCGAUUCUAAACGUGACAAAAUAAAUCGUGUUUCGAUGGUGUUUAAACUUAAAUGA